CUUUGUUUGGGGAAACAUAGAACAAAUAUCCUAUUCACAAUCUCGAUUUUCGUUUCAAUUUGAGGUGAACCAAUGCACAAAAUGUUGUUUUUUUCCAAUUAAUAGUCAUCCAAAUUCAUCAUGAAAGGUAUGGUGUUAUGAUUCCUGGAGAUGAUGGUGCAGUGCUUAGACGGGCUGAAACAUUUGUGUUCUGCUAUUGUAAAUUGUUGUGACUCUGAGAUAUACAAGCAACCAAGGGGCUUGGAAUGUCCUGAAGCUCUAGCGAGGGAGACAAUGUUCAGUGUUAGUGAAAUUGAAGCUUUGUAUGAAUUAUUUAAAAAGAUUAGUAGUGCUGUUAUUGAUGACGGCCUGAUACACAAGGAAGAUUUCCAACUUGCAUUAUUUAAAACAAAUAAAAAGGAGAGCCUAUUUGCUGACAGGGUAUUCGACUUGUUUGAUACAAAGCACAAUGAUAUAUUAGACUUUGAAGAGUUUGCUCGUGCUCUUUCUGUUUUCCACCCAAAUGCUCCUGUUCGUGACAAGAUUGAAUUUUCCUUCCAACUAUAUGAUCUUAAGCAACAAGGAUUCAUUGAAAGGCAAGAGGUAAAACAAAUGGUGGUUGCCACGCUAGCUGAAUCUGGAAUGAACCUCUUGGAUGAUGUUAUAGAAAGCAUCAUAGAUAAGACAUUUGAGGAAGCAGAUACCAAACAUGAUGGGAAGAUUGACAAAGAAGAAUGGGGUAACCUUGUGUUGCGACAUCCGUCUCUCUUAAAGAAUAUGACCCUUCAAUACCUCAAAGACAUCACGACCACGUUCCCCAGCUUUGUAUUUCACUCCCAAGUUGACGAUACCUUGGAUAAAUGACCUCUGGUCACAAGUAUGGAAUAUUGUUGUUUGGAAUUCAAACACAAUGGUGACGCUCUAUAUAAGAUCUGCUAAACGAAAGUUUGAACCAACUGGAUGCAGAGGUGAAAAUGCUGAAUUCUUUUGUUCCUUCACUGUGCGGAUCGAUCAGCAUUCAAUGAAACAAGGCUUGAUUUGGUUGUAUUUGGUUUUCUGAGCUUACUUUAUAUUGUCAUAGAAGAUAGUAUAUCAGUGAUAUGUGGAUAGAAUAUGUUAUUUUCAUCAAGUGUACCUCUAUG